AUGUCUGUCGACACCGGUCUUCGAGUUGCUGAGCCGAGUGUAGCCUACUUCACAGAUGGCCUUUCAAAUACCACGCAAGUCAACUCGGACACAGCUGAAUCGCCAAGAAGAGUGACCGCGAAUGAAGAAGAUACUACAAAUGGUGCUCACACCGGCGAAAGCAGUUUUAGAGACUUGACCCUUGAAGAGAGCUCUGGAGACGCCUUCGUCUCAUCUCCGCAAAACAACCAUGGAGAAAGUAUGUGUUUUAGUUUUGCAGAGCAACCCAGCUUCAACAUCCAGGUUGGAGACCAAUACAACCUCCAAGCCAGCUUCAGCCCGUCACUGUCCAACAUUUUUCUCGAGGACGGGUUUCAGUCUGCGCACUUUAGCGACGCAUAUCCAUGCCUUGAGAAACAAGCAAAUCUGCUGGAUCUACCAGAUGUCAACGCCACUUCUGCAACAACACAAUCAGCGACAGAGAUAAAUCUAGCCACGACAGAACUAUCACAAACUCAGAAACCCAAGCCCAAACUGUACAACUUGACAGUUGCGGACGACCUAGUGAGGCAAUUAGUCGAUCUCUUCUUCGAUCGCGUAAGCGGCUUCGUCCCGAUACUGCAUCGCCCUCAGUUCUAUGCUCGCUACUUACAAAAGAGGCGGGAAGAUGCCAUCGGGCAAAAUUUGUCUCUGGAGGGUGGGCUCAUGCUGAACAGCAUUAUGGCUCUGUCAGCUCGCUUCUCAAAUGCAGCACACUUUGCCAAUGUUGCGCCCACUUGCCGUGGGGAGUCCUUCGCGAAAGAAGCUCAGUCGAUUUAUGCAGAUGGGACCAGGCUUCAAGGAGACGGCUUUGUUCCCUCACUCCAGUACUUGCAGGGCUGCAUAUUGCUAUCUUUCUAUCACAACACGAAUUCCUCCAACUCGUUCGGAUGGACACUCACUGGCGUCUGUGCUCGACUAGCAUACGACUUGGAGAUCGACAUUGUUGACGAGGACAUCUGCCAACAACCCAAUUUGUUCUCAAAUCAGUGGUCUUCCACCGAAGAAUGGGUUCUCCGAGAAGAAAACCGACGUGCAUGGUGGUCAGUCUGGGAGCUGGACACGUUUGCGUCGACGGUCGUCCGCCGCCCAUUUACGAUUGAUCGCAACAAAAUGCAGGUGCUGCUUCCGUGCUCAGAUGAACGGUGGUUUGAGGAGCAGCCGAUUGCAUCUGCACCAAUGGGCCUUACCCCAGCAACUGCCUGGAGGAGCCUGCAGGGUUCGCCGAACCAAGACGAAAGAGCCUGGUUCCUUGUUGCCAACUUCCUGAUGGCAUUGGCGUAUGAUCUGAAAGUACAGACUGGCGUCUCUCCGCAAGCCAGAGCCGAGAUAGAAAGUGCUUUGACGUGCUUCAGUCUGAACUUGCCCAACCACUUCCGGCUGAACUCGAGCAUGUUUGUUUUCAAUGACUCGACGUUCGCGAGGAGCAACUGGAUCAUCACUACAAAUAUCAUUCUGCAGAGUGCGCGCACCUACGAAGCUCUCAUAGUCUGUUCUUCAGAAGACGUCGCUCGAUCACCAUCGGGAUCACCAACUAACAUCCCCUUCGAUCCUGACGAGCAACGAGCCGUCGCCCAAAAGUGUGUUCAACAUGCACAUGAAGUUGUUAGGGCCAUUAAAGCUUGGUCGGCCGACUAUAUUGCUUAUUCGUCGCCGUUCAUCGUCUGUUCGCUGGUCGGGCCCGCGGCGAUGCAUAUUCUGCAGACCAGCUCUGAAGGUUCCAGUGCACUCAGCAGCCUUAAUCGCGAUGUUGUCUGCCUUGGAAUUGCGCAGUAUGCCAGACAUUGGGGUCUUGGUUCGAUAAUGCUAGAUCUCACUCGUGCUUUGAACAAACUCAUCGGGGUCGACCCAACAGCAUUGACCGCUCGGGAGCAAGAGCUAGCGAUCCGAUAUGCUCAGAUUGCUCCAAGCAUCAGGGGCAAGCCUCGGUCAACCAGCCUACCGCUUUCUUCGACUCCGUAG